AACAGGGGGCUCGGUCUCUAGAGAAGUGAGUGCAUAUGGAGGGGGAGGAAUCUACAUCAAGUGCAGAUAUGAGGAUGAAUAUAAAGACAAACCCAAAUCUUUCUGUAAGAUGGGAACACAUCAGUGGUGUUUUAAUCCAAUAACAACAAAACUACACAGUGAAUGGUCACAUGAUGGCAGAUUCUCAAUUCAGGACAACAGAAGUGCAGGAUUCUUCAGUGUGUUUAUCAGAGAGCUGAUUACGGAGGACACUGGAACAUACGCGUGUGCUGUUGUUGUGUCUGAUGAAAUACAGAUCUACACUGUAGUGAAGCUGAAUGUAAGAGAAGGUGAGGAUCUUUAAUUAUGUGUUUUAUCAGAAGAAACAUCAGAUUUAUUGUCACGAUUCCCCCUUGAAGCAGCGAUUCCCCCUUGAGCACCUGCUUUUCCGUUGUUGACCGUAAUGACAUCUGGACACGUGUGUUUUGUUUAUGUUUCUGUCAUGUCUCCUCCCUGUUCUGUCAUUGGCUGGGAUUUCACGUGGGUCUGUAUUGCUCUCAGCUGCUAGCGGUUUAGACGCUGAUCAUGUCCGCAUAUAUACCGCGCGCCUCCCAGCACACAAUGCGCAAGAUUAAUACCAUAGAGUUGGUUUAGUGCUUAUCGUAGGCAUAGUCACGGUCCAUGUUUAGAGUUAGUUCGCGCUGGAUUAUCCGCUUCCAGUCCCCCGUCAUAGUUCGUUUCUCGUUUUGUUUAUCGAUCCUGUUUUCCGUGACCACGACCUAGAUUCCUGCCUUGCCCCGCGUAUGCCUGUUUGCCAAUCGCCUGACCUCUUGCAUGUUUGUGGAUUACGUUUUGGAUCACGUUUUGGAUUUGUCUGCCUGUCUCUCUUUUAAAUAAACAGCUGUUCAUACUGCACUUGCAUCCGUCCUAUCUCUGCUCUGUCACGAUUCGUGACAUUUAUAUGUAAAUUUACUGUAUGACUGUCUAAGUGUUGUUAAUCAGAGCUAGGACACACGUACACAUAAACUGAUCUGAUUGGUUGUGAUUUGCAGAUCUGUCCUAUGAGAAGUCCAUCAGUAAGACUGUCCAUGUAGGAGGAGAUUUGAAUAUCAGCUGUAAAUACCCACAAUCCCUCAGGAGCGACCCCAAGUUUCUCUGCAAGACGAGGCUGCAACGUGCUGCUUGUUCUUAUAAAGAAUCUGUUAAAGAAAGCAGAAAAUAUGUAAAUAUGGGGAAAUUCUCCCUGUACGAUGACAGAGAAACACAAAUGUUGACUGUGAGUAUUAGAAAUGUAACUGAGCAGGACUCUGGUGAAUACUGGUGUGGAGCUGAAGCAGCCUGGACAUCUGAUCAUGGAUACAAGGUUUAUUUCACACAGAUCAACCUGACAGUUACUGAUCCACGUGUCCCAGUUUCAACCCUGAAACCAACACAACCUUCAUCAUCAUCAUCGUCAUCAUCAUCAUCAUCAUCGUCAUCAUCAUCAUCAUCAUCAUCACCACCACCACCACCAUCAUCAUCAUCAUCAUCAUUAUCACCAUCAUCAUCAUCAUCUGAGUCUACUCCAGCUUCUCCUCCAGCAGGAUUUCCAGCUUCCACUGUGAUCACUGUGUCUGUAAUUCUGCUGCUUCUUCUGAUUGCAAUCUCAUUCCUCUUUGUGAUUCUACAAAAGAGACAGAAGAUGCAAGGAGGUACAGCUUCUACUGGCAGGAGUUCUGUCCAAACCUCAGGAAAUCACCAAGGGGUUCCUCCUGAUAUCUGUUUCUAUGAGGAGAUUAAAAACACCAGACGACUUCCUGCCUCAGACGCUGGAUCUUCUUCAGUUUGCUCUACUGCACAACUACCCACAAUCCUCUCUGAUCCUCAACCUGUUUAUUCAAACACAGAGUUACCCACAAUCCUCUGUGAUUCUGCUGUUUAUUCUACUGCACAACUACCCAUAAUCCCCUCUGAUCGGGACAUCUGCUCCACAGCUCAGUUACCCACACGUCUCUUGGCUGAGAAAUCUGAUGAAGGUCUGACUUACGUAGCAGUGAGUUUUCACUCCAGGGCCCCCAGCUCUAAUGAUCCCGUUCCACAGAUUCUCUUUAAGAAGGAAGAGGUCUCGUGUGAUUAUGAUACAGUCAGUCAUGUUACUUCAUGA